AGGAAACGUGUGUUACAUUCAAAAUAGUCCCACGUGUUGCAGCCUCGCCAAAUACACAAAUAAUUCCAAUGAUAACUUAACUUAGGCAAUAAAACAAGUAGUUUAAUGACAUGUGUACAUGGCACCGGUGAGUCAGCAUAAAUGUCGAAUACCGGAGAUCAGUGGCAGGUGGCUCGGAGACGAAAAGGUGCAGCGAAGAAAUCCAAACCUCUCCAGGUGUCUUCUGCUUCAACAUGCUGCCAGGAAGAGCUGGAUAUCGGGAAAACUGUUAAACGGAUCAGAGACACAGUGUCUGAGCUGAGAUGUGAGGAGUUUUGGCAGGAGUGGAAAGAGCAACUGUUGGUGGCAGCAUCCGUCUCAACGCCUACAGAGGACAAGGACACUGAGGUUCAGCUGGAGACGGCCAGUGAACACAGAUCUUGUCAGCAGCUGGAGUGUGUGUGUUAUGGCCUCGGCUCCUUCUCGUCCUGUGUCGCAGCUCGAUACCAGCUGGCCAUGUUGCUGCUGCUGCUGGAUGCUGGACAGAUUCCCCUGAAGGACUGCUCUGUCUAUGAUCCUGCAUUCUCCUCAGCAGAGAAGGAUGUCCUGAGAGAGCUGGGUCUGACUGUGCUGACAGAAAACGAGGAGGGGAAGCGUCUAGCAACAAAGCCCACACUCUUUUACCUGAUGCACUGUGGGAAAGCCCUGUACAACAACCUCCUGUGGAAGAACUGGAGCGCACAGUGUCUACCGCUGGUGAUAAUGAUUGGAAACAGCUUCAGCGGCAUGAGAGAGAGGACAAUUGAGAGAGAGCUGAAGCGGGACUACAGCUACAUCAGUAAGGCCGUGGACGUGUGUGAGGAGAGACGGCUCCCUUGUCCGUCCCGUCUGAUUGACGUCUUCAGUGACACUUCGGUCAUCACCUUUCCUUCCAGCAGCCUUAACAGACUCCCACAGUCUACAUGGACAGAGUCGUGUGAACCACAGUACCAGCACUGCCCUGAUUUGGAGAUUAUACUGAAGGAAACGCAGAGCUGAGACAGGAAAUUGACAAUAGUGGACAUGUUUUAUUAUUGCCAUUGAUAUAUCCAGUUUUUAAAUAAAUGAGCAGUGCUCUAAAUUGAGUUGAAUCUUGAAAUACUGAGCAAAUGUCAUGGUAAGUUUGCUCUAAGGCUUCAUGGGGACAGAAAAGGUAAUACUGACAAUUUUGUAUUAAUUAAUGCUUUCUACUAUUUUUUUUUUUAAAUUUCCACCUAAAAAAUAUCCCCAAAUUUAGUAACAACUGCAAAACUGAGGCCAAAAUGAACAAGUUUGGGCUCUGUAGAUAAAGAAUGUUGAGAAUUUUGAAGUAUUAUAAGUGUUCUUGUCCUUAUAACCAGACCAGAAUUAGAUUGGAAAAAACAGCAAAAGCUGGCAUUCAAAAUGUUUUUAACAGUCUCAAAAUGUGUCAGUGAGAUUGAUGCUAUUAAACCUAUUCUCAGCUGCAACUGUCCCAAAUUUGUUGCAACAGAAAUGAAGCACAACAUAUGCUGCAUCUAUUUUAAUCACGGUAUCACUGGGCGGCAUGUUCAAUUCAUCUGCCAUGCUUGGAAACCUGUGACUUUUUGUAAGAUACAUGGUCUGAACCUGGCACAGGGACCUCCAGAGUGUAAGGGGUUAAGUGAAGCUGUAAGGCAGCAAUUAAGUAUUUUGACAGAAGUGGAUUGACAUGUUGAGUAUUUGUUUUAUGUCUGGUGCUUAAACAGCCAUAGUUGUGUUUCUCAGUGUUCUGUACUGUCAGUCAUGCAUAAGUUACAGCUGUCUUCUUUUAAUACAUGUUUUCAGUUUGUAGAAAAUAAAUGUCAACCUGCAGAGGCUUGAAAUAUGCUUGA